CCCAGGUGUGACUGAGAAACUGUUUGUUAUGACACCAACUCACCACGUAAUCGCGUAACUAUGGCCUUUAUCGAAAGACUGCGAAGCGCCCAGGGCGCCACCAACUAGCACAGGGCUAGCUCCCCCCUACUCCAAUUAUACAGCAGCCAAAAGUAUUGGAUUCUGCUUGGCGGAGCAGGAACCGUGAUCUCUGGAAGAAAACCUUUGCUCGGCGGCGGCUUAAACUGUGAUUCAUUGAUGGUUCUCCCAGCUGAUGAUGUCAGCGGGGUGUUAAGGCUCCGCCUUAGUUGCUGAUCUCCGUUGAACAGUCCCUGCAUUUCAACCUCCCACCACACCCGGUUGCCGGCGUCAUAUCUACUCCUUAAAUACCAAGACCAGUCUUCAGUUGAAGGCUUCAAGCAGCAACUUCAGAACGACAGCCUUCUGCCCGAGCUUAAAGGAACUUACAAUUUGUACCUCUAACCAAGGGAACUUACUUUUGAAGUGAAGACAUUACUAAGAAUUAAAGCCAUUUAAUUAACUUGACGUUCUAUGAGGAUUAUUCUCCGGGGGAUCGCGGCAGAGUGAGCCAGAGUCCGGCUCGGAGGCAGUCAGCAGGGCUGAGAGAAGCACGGCUUAGAGCUCUGGGCAAACCACUUGUGUUUUUUUUUGUUAACCCCUGUCUGCGAGAUCUUUCGAAGACAAAAGAAAACCUCACAAGGAGAAACCCGAACACAUAUACCGCACACUUUCGCCGAUAACUAUCUCAGCAGAGAGCGCCGGGAUUUGUUUCCAUAAUAUUUAGGCUCCAUAACAUUGCAUGAUUCCUUUAAGUGUCUAAGGGACUUUCUUGUGUGACUCGAAGACCGAUCAAAGGUAAUCUAAUGGACCAUACAAGCACCAGGAGUUGCUCCCGAGCCCCAACUUGCGAGGCCCAUCAAAACGAGCCUUCAAUGCGUGUAGUCAUCAAUACGACGACCGGAGCCCAGUAUGAUCUUUCUGUUCCAGUAGACGAAACAGUAGAAGGACUCAAACGGAGGUUGUCACAGCGUUUGAAGGUUGCCAAGGAGCGUCUAGUCCUCUUGCACAAAGAAACGCGAUUAAAUUCUGGAAAACUGCAGGAUCACGGUAUUACAGAAGGAAGCAAAUUAACCCUUGUACCCACUGUAGAAGCUGGACUCAUGUCUCAAGCUUCACGGCCGGAGCAAUCAGUAAUGCAAGCUUUGGAAAGCUUAACGGAAACUCAGGUCAAUGACUUUCUGUCGGGACGGUCACCUUUGACACUCGCCCUGCGGGUUGGAGAUCACAUGAUGUUUGUUCAGCUCCAGUUGGCAGCUCAGCAGGCUGGCAGCCAGCUCCAGCACAGGCAUGUGAUAGCUAGUCGGGAGAGUAGUGGAGGGGCAGCUGCCCCCAGCUUUGCCAGUACUCAAGGACUUCACAGGCAAACUGUGGGAGCCUCAAACUGUAACCACAUCUCGGCCUGCCAGCAAGCGAUGGCGAGCCCCGCCCCUGCGGCCGCGACCACCUGCUUCAGCACAGCUCGCCCGCCCUCGGUAACGGCUGGAUCAUUUAGGUCACAUGGCGCCAGCACGUCAACAGCCAGCCAUAACAUCGCUGCUUCAUCUUGUACUGAGGGUGACUGCAGUACAAGAAACACUAGUCCAACUGCUUCAGGCAAGUCUCGGAAACCAGGUGCCAUCAUCGAGAGCUUUGUUAACCAUGCCCCUGGGGUUUUCUCAGGAACUUUCUCAGGCACUUUGCACCCAAACUGCCAGGACAGCACUGGAAGACCCCGCCGUGACAUCACCACCAUCCUGCAGAUUCUGAACGAUCUGCUGAGCGCGACCCGUCACUACCAGGGGAUGCCGCAGUCCCUGGCGCAGUUGCGUUGUCAGACACAGUGCGCACCCAGCCCGCCGUCCCCUUCGCCACCUUCCCCAGGCUGCUCCAACAAAACUACCUCCGAAGACACAGCCCAGCAACCACUGCAUUCCCUCGUCCAGUGCCAGAGCCAGAUCAGGAUGUGCAAGUCAAGUGGCGAUCGACUGAGACAGACAGAAAACCGUGCUACACGUUGCAAAGUGGAGCGCCUGCAGCUGCUGAUGCAACAGAAGAGAAUGCGUAGGAAGGCUCGGCGGGACGCCAGAGCGCCAUAUCAGUGGCUGCCUAACCGUAAGUCCAGCCGGACGAACAGCAACAGCAGCGUAUCUAGUGAUGGCAGCCUAGACUUGGACUUUGAUGACUCUGUAUGGAAGCCUGAAGUCAAAGCUGAUAUCAAGUCUGAAUUUGUUGUGGCAUAGACCUACCUGGCAAGGGGCGUAAUUUAAAAAAAAUAAGCAGGACUUCACUUUUGAUUUCAGCGACCAAAUGUACUCUGAGCAAACGUCUGGUGGUUGCAAAUGGAAUAUACAGAAGAUGGAGAGAGACUUUAAAAUGUGGUCUUCUGAAAUCAGGACUGUACAUCUGAAAAACAUUUAGUUCCCACAAAACACGAAUGCCGUCUGCAGUUCAAGGUGGAGAAAGUCACAUGAUUAAGUGGAUCUAACAAACAGUAGUUGGUGUGUCUGCAGUAACAACAAAUGGCUGCCUUACAAAAUGGUCAAUUAUGACGGAGAUCAGAGAAGAUUUGGCAUGUCAGGACAUGGGAAUGCCUUUCCUCUUGAUGAUAAAAGCUGCACAGUAAAGCUGCUUGUUGCCAUGGUUGCACUGUUUUUUUUCACGCAAAGGUAGCAGGAGCGCUGCAAUUGCAAAAGUGCCUCCUUUGCCUCAUUGAGAAGGAGGGUGGUGUAUACUUUUAUCAUAAAGGAAAGAAAUGAAGUCUUUUUAAAAAUCCAUAAAUAAUACUGUAUGUAGCAUUGUUCACCAACACUCUGAAAGCAUUUAGUUACUGAAAUUUUGCACAAUUAUUAACAGUGUGACAACAGGUAGCUUUCAUUUGAGUGAGUUUGUCCAGUGGUGACUGCACGUGUCCAUGGCGACAGGUGCCUGACCCUGUGGAAGCUAUUGACUUUGGAGACGAGAACAGUGGGUAUUGCUCUUCAUCCUAUUUAUGAUGCCCAAUGUCAAACGGGAAAGGAUUAAAUUGCUGACAUGAGUAGAACUGUUCUGGUGAGAGUGUGACGUUAAAUUUGGUCACUUUCACCCUGCUGUUUUGGGAAGGGGGCUGGGAAUCUCUACAAAGGGAGGCAGAAUAAACCUGUUUUAAUCGGUAAUUUUUCCUACACGACUGAGCCAGAUCAUUUAGAGGUACACUUGUGGUACAGUACAAGCUAAUGUAGACUGUAGAUAAAUUGCAAGAUCCAUUAUUCAAGUUAUCUCUUCUUGCUAUCUGCAAACCACAUCUUGGACUUGCCAGUGGAUGGAAGCUUUGUUUAGUGCAGUCCGAGUGAUGGACAUUGACUUAGGCCUGGGAGCAAAGGUAAUUAUAUAACGCAGGCCGUGGGGUUGACAUAAGACUUCCUACUUUGCUUGACCCAAUGUGAGUAUUAUGAUUUAGUCCAAUGGUACAAGUUUUAAUUUUCCAAGAAAAUAGGCAGAAGUCCCCACCAAUUUUUUAUAUAUAUAUAACAAAUUUUACAUGUUGAUGUGUGUGCACAGAAAGAACAGCAUGUGUAGUGGGGUGGAGUGUUUAAAUCAAAACUUGUUGCAUAAGCCUGCAUACCCCUCUAGAAAUUCAGUACCAAAAGCUAUCGGCUGUUUGAAGAAACGGCCCAGCAUUCUCAAACUGCAAAGGUUAGCUUGGUGCUCUGUAGUAGGGCCCAGUUGGAGAUGAAGUUUGAAUAUGUGGCAUUUGUUGACCACAGUGCAAAGUGCAGUGUGUGAGGUGUGUUCCUUUUAUUUUAAAAGAAUGUUUUCAAAACAAUUGGCACUAUACUUAUCUGGCAAUGUAGCCAAAUUAAAAUCUGUAUCUGAAGUACCCAAGGUCCUACUGUUGCAAUACUGUGAUGUCACAACCCAGUCUCUUCCUCACCAGUGUUAGGAACACAAGUGCCUUUUUGAUCCCAAGUCUACUUCUGUGUCCUUGGCCUCAGCUGGGAGAAUUUCCCCCUAUCCCACUCGUGCUCUUACUUACAGUCUAUGGAAAGGCCAGUGCUGCAUUCCUCCCCUCCCCACUUUUCUCUCUGUCUUCCUAUUGUCAAUGUGUUUCCCUGUCUUUGUCAUGGAAUUGAGAUUUGUUUACGCUUGCUACUGUACAAAGAAAAAUGUUAUAACACUCUACUCCAAGCUUCAUUUAGACGUAAAUAGGCUGUGCCUCCAUUACGUGUGCAGUUAAGACCCUGCAAGGCCAUUGUAGUGUAUCAAAAUGUGCCAUCUGGACCUGUCUUGUCCUGUACCUUUGUGACUAGGCACACGUUACAAUGUCCCACUUCUGUUUGUGAUCUUCCUGCUCGUAUUUACUGUAGGUUUUUUAUAUAUAAACAUAUAUAUUUAACUGACUUUGUACUGUGUGCUUUCCAUUGUGCCCCUAUCCUGGUUUUAAAGAAAAACGUAAAGAAGCAUUAAUUCACCAAUUUGUUGGUGAGGAUUAAAUGUAUGAACACCUCAUUUAAAUAUUCUGUAUUCUUGUAGCCAAUUUUAAAAAAAAAGAUACAAUGUUCUAGCUAGGCUGGUGUAGCACAAAUGUGACUGUAUUAAUUUAUAAACCAAAAUGGUGACUGUGAACUAGGUAUUUAUUUGUGCUUUUGAAAGUUUGGGGGUGGGGGGGGGAAGCGACGUCACAGUUUGAACACGGCCAGGGUUGAUGCAAUCUCCUUCAUGGAAUCUGCACCAGUUUCCAUAGUUAUAAGCAAUACAUUUCAUUGUGACUUGGAAUGGGCCUUGUAGUUCACUUGGGUUGGGGUUGGUUAAAUAUAACCAAAAUAUUAUUGUCACUUGGGAUUUUGCAUUUACCUCUGCCUUAUACACUUGGCAAGACAAGAGGGUUGACAGAUUGUCAUCCUAAGCAUUGGAAUGAAGCAGAAAACAGUAAAUUAUGUAUUGGUAUGUAGAUAAACUUACAUGCAUGUAUCAUUAGGACUUGACAAUGGUUUGUGGGACAUACAGUAAUUGGUUGUUAUGUGGUAAUCUGAACAUGUACAAACUUGUAUUAGGUUUUUGUAUAGCAUUGGAGGAAAAAAAGCAACUCCACAGGUAUAAAUAAUAAUAAAAGACCAAAUGUUGGUGAUAAACAUA